GAGCUGGCUGGCUGCAGGAGCUCCUUAUGCAGCAGCUUACUUCCCUGAUCACCUAGAGCACUCUGCUCUACAACUCCUUGCAGUGCCUCUUCUCCCUUUCUCCACUUCAUGAUCUGCUUCUCCCCUCGAUCACACUCACCGUUUUGAAUAAUCCUCUGAUUGGAUUUAUAACUCUAAAUGAUCACACACAUAAUAGAUUGAUCUCCGGCUGGUGGUGGUGGGUGCACAAGAGGGGAGGGUGGAGGAGGCAGGACACUUUAUUUCCUUGCAUGAGUGAGGACAGAAGCUAGAAGCCACAGCUGAAAAAGAAUAAGAGCAGAAGCGCUGUCUUUAUUGACCUCGCCCCCCCUCCACCCCAAAGCCCCCUCCUCUUUUUUUCAACCCUGAUCCUUGUGUAAGUCAACCAGCACCGGUGAUCCAGUUCUGCAGCAACCGGGACCUGCAAUGUCCUAUCCUCAGGGUUACCUCUACCAGCCUCCUGGCUCGUUGGCUCUUUAUUCCUGCCCUGCUUAUGGGGCUUCAGCACUGGCUGCCCCUAGAAGCGAGGAACUGGCCAGGUCCUCUUCAGGAUCAGCCUUCAGCCCUUACCCAGGGUCUGCUGCCUUCAGCGCCCAGGCAGCCACAGGCUUCAGCAGCCCCUUGCAGUACUCAGGCGACCCCACCGGAUUCCCUUCUUACAUGGGUUCUCCUUACGAUGCACACACCACUGGUAUGACCGGGGCUAUUAGUUAUCACCCUUAUGGAAGCCCAGCAUAUCCAUACCAACUAAAUGACCCAGCUUAUAGGAAAAACGCUACUAGAGAUGCCACGGCUACUUUGAAGGCCUGGCUUCAGGAGCACAGAAAGAACCCAUAUCCAACCAAGGGUGAAAAGAUCAUGUUAGCCAUUAUCACCAAGAUGACCCUCACCCAGGUCUCCACGUGGUUUGCCAACGCCAGGAGGAGACUCAAGAAAGAGAACAAAAUGACCUGGGCACCUAGGACUAAAAGUGAAGAUGAGGAUGAAGACGAAGGCGAUGGAGAAAGAGGAAAGGAUGAGCAUUUAAAAGUGCAUGACAGCAAUGAGACAUCUGCAGAGGACGAAGGUAUUAGUUUGCACGUGGACUCCCUUACAGAUCACUCGUGCUCUGCAGAGUCAGAUGGGGAGAAGCUGCCUUGCAGAGCUAGGGACCAUCUUUGUGAAUCUGGUACAGAAUCUAAGGACAAAUAUGAGGACGAUGAUGAUGAAGAGGAAGAGGAUGAAGAAGACAGAGUCCUCCCUACUAAACCAGUGACCUCAUCACCUCUCACUGGAGUAGAAGCACCUGUUUUGAACCAUCAGCACGAAGGGAGCCCUAGAAACUCAAAUAAGUCAUCUUUGGACAAUAGGAUUUCUCCAAGUUCGCAAACACAAGUCAAUAAACCCAAACUGUGGUCACUGGCAGAAAUAGCCACGUCAGACAUUAAGCAUCAGAAUAUGGGACAGAGCUGUACUGCGUCAGCCACCUCCUCAUCUACACCUCACAAUUCACCUUAUCCUUCUUCUUCACUGCUUGGAAGGCAUAUUUAUUACACAUCACCUUUUUAUAGCAAUUAUACGAACUAUGGCAAUUUCACUGCAUUGCAAAGCCAAGGAAUCUUACGGUAUAAUUCAGCAGUGACUUCAAGCGAGGGACUAAGUCAAGCAGUUUUAAACACAAGCCCCCUACACAAACACUCUAGUGACUCUAUAAAAACUGCCAGCAACCAAAUAGACCAGCACUACAGAUCAUCAAACUAUGAAUCUAAAAAAGAUCCCACUGAAGUCUGCACAGUAGGAGUACAACAAUACCUAUAGAAGUGCAAACAGACAGCACUGCAAGUAGGUGUCACAAUUGCUUUGAAAAAAUGUCAGCAAGCCAUCAACUCCCCCCAAUCUAUAUAACAAAAUCUAAAUGCGGAUCACAUCUUGUGCCACUGUAUAAAAGAAGACCCACAUAGCGCUAUUAAAUCAGACUGUUUUAAAAUAAUUAAGGAGAGUACCCUUUCGACAUAUGUGAAAAUAUUGGUAUAGUAUAGAUGCCCUAAUGUAUAUUGUGACUUUUUGCAAAACAAUCUGUUUUUCUCAGGAUAUUCUUGACUUGAUCGCUUCAUUGCCACGAUAUAUAUUCUAUAGGUGUGAUAGAAUUUAUUGUAAAAGAUGUGAAUGAAAAAAGACAAAAAACUAUUGUUCAAAACUGACAAAAUAUGGGAAAGAAAUAAUAACUCAAGACAUGAAUGAACUGGAGUACUUAAAAAGUUGGGAUUAUGAAAACAUAAACAGAUUUGAUAUUUAUUUUUGUAAUGAUGAUAUUAAAAAAAAAAAGCUUAUAGUAAUUUAUGCAAGUUGUAUUGCAAAGACAUUGAAAAAAACUUUUUGUAAAUAAAUUCUGCCUGGUUUUUAUUUAACAAAAAAAUAUGUUGAAUAUAAAUUUUCUGAUUGUCGACCAGUAUUCUUUACUAAUUUAUAUCCUUAAAUGUAAAUAAACACAGAUUAGUCUGGUUAAUGCA